AUGUCCAUCUGUGCUGACUGGGAGUACAGACAGCUAUUGAAGCCUCAGUCGAUUGGUCAUGGCCCCCACCGAUUUCAGAAGCAGCCAUCGGCAAUCUCCUACUGUACUGCAGAUAAAACCCAGGACAAAGUGUUUGCCUACGUUUCCCAGAUUCAGUUGGACGAGACCCUCGAGUGCCACGCCUUCCUCUGUCACAAGAAGAAGAUCGCCCAAGCUGUGACUCUCACCGUAGCCCAAGCCUUCACAGUAGCUCUGGACCUGUGGGAGAUUGCUCAGGAAGAUAAAAGUCAGAAGGCCAGGAGGACAUGCUGCGCGUGUUCUGUCAGUGAUGGACAGACAGACACUACAAACACACACAGCGUCUCAGACUCAGAGAAGCAGCAGCCCCUGAGGAAGGAGGAGAAACAGAGACGGCCAUUUUUCUCCAUGUCAUUCAGCUCUCCUUCACCCAGCAACAAACCCGCCAGGAAACGACCAAUCAAACACGGCUCCUGGGAUGUGGAGGAUGGCCUCGAUGAUGCAUUCUCAAGCAGUAUGGAGGUAGAAGAGAUGGACACUGUCUGAGGAUACAGCUCUGAGCCCCCUGCAGCAGGAGGACCACCAUCACCUCCCCCUAGAGGACCUCAUGUCCCCGAGCAGUGACGACUCAGACUAACACAACAACUGCCAGACAUACUGCUGUCCCCACAAAACAACCAAGGCUGCCAGACAUACUGCUGUCCCCACAAAACAACCAAGGCUGCCAGACAUACUGCUGUCCCCACAAAACAACCAAGUCUGCCAGACAUACUGCUGUCCCCACAAACCAACCAAGGCUGCCAGACAUACUGCUGUCCCCACAAACCACCAGCUCUGGACAGGUCAAACAUACUGCUGUCCCCACAAACCACCAGCUCUGGACAGGUCAAACAUACUGCUGUCCCCACAAACCAACCAAGGCUGCCAGACAUACUGCUGUCCCCACAAACCACCAGCUCCGGACAGGUCAAACAUACUGCUGUCCCCACAAACCACCAGCUCUGGACAGGUCAAACAUACUGCUGUCCCCACGAACCACCAGCUCUGGACAGGUCAAACAUACUGCUGUCCCCACAAACCACCAGCUCUGGACAGGUCAAACAUACUGCUGUCCCCACAAACCACCAGCUCUGGACAGGUCAAACAUACUGCUGUCCCCACAAACCACCAGCUCUGGACAGGUCAAACAUACUGCUGUCCCCACAAACCACCAGCUCUGGACAGGUCAAACAUACUGCUGUCCCCACAAGCCACCAGCUCUGGACAGGUCAAACAUACUGCUGUCCCCACAAACCACCAGCUCUGGACAGGUCAAACAUACUGCUGUCCCCACGAACCACCAGCUCUGGACAGGUCAGACAUACUGCUGUCCCCACGAACCACCAGCUCUGGACAGGUCAAACAUACUGCUGCCCCCACAAACCACCAGCUCUGGACAGGUCAAACAUACUGCUGCCCCAAAACCCACCAGCUCUGGACAGAUAAAACAGCCCUCUCUGUCUGUCUGCCUGUAGAUCAUUCUUAUUCUAGUGUACUAAAACUAAUCAUCACUCAACAUGGACAAACAGCAAUCAUCUCUCUGCCUAAGUCUCUGAUCUGUCGGUCUGCGUGUGAAGUGACACCGUGAAGUGACACCGUGAAGUGACACCGUGAAGUGACACCGUGAAGUGACACCCUAUUCGAUUAGAGUUUCCAAACCCGUAACUAACCUACGGAUAUUGUUGAACUCUCUUUGUCUAGGGCUCCUAGGCCUAGUUACAUGGUCUGUAUCCUGAAUGAACCGUGCCCAAGGAAACGGGUCAGUCUGGACCUCUUGGUCGGGCCAUUCCAAGCGGAUUAUUAGUUGUUCAGAUGGUGACAAAAAUAAACAUUUAAAAAAAAACGUGGCCACCAAACCAACCAGCAGCCUCACGACUGUCCAGCUGGGACACUGACUGACCAUAAAUAUAAAAUAUUAAAUAUAUAUGCCAUUUAGCUGACGCUUUUAUCCAAAGCGACUUACAGUCAUGUGUGCAUACAUUCUACGUAUGGGUGGUCCCGGGAAUCGAACCCACUACCCUGGCGUUACAAGCGCCAUGCUCUACCGGCUGAGCUACAGAAGGACAAUCAUCCGAACUAGCAACACCUGAUGUGUUCAUCAACCUGAUGUGUUCAUCAACCUGAUGUGUUCAUCAACCUGAUGUGUUCAUCAACCAGGCUCAACACUUGGGCUGCUUCAAAAAAAUGCUGCUGGGGGUUGGAGUGUGGAAGUGUAUACUGGAUAGUGUGUUUUAUGUCCCAACACUGACCCCCCCCAAUAACGUAACACUAUAUAGUACACUACUGUUGAUCAGGACCCACAUAGGUCUCUUGUCGAAAGGUUUCAUCCGCUUUGGUGUUUUUCCUAUUUUGUUGCAUUACAACCUGUAAUUUAAAUGGAUUUUUGUUUGGAUUUCAUGUCAUGGACAUACACAAAAUAGUCCAAAUUGGUGAAGUGAAAUUUUAAAAAAGGACUUGUUUCAAAAACAAACAAAAAUACAGAAAAGUGUAUGAUAUGUAGCCCCUAAAUAUGAUCUGGUGCAACCAAUUACCUUCAGAAGUCACAUCAUUAGUUAAAUAUAGUCCACAUGUGUGCAAUCUAAGGGUCACAUGAUCUGUCACAUGAUCCCAGUAUAUAGACACCUGUUCUGAAAGGCCUCAGAGUCUGUAACACCACUAAGAAAGGGGCAACACCAAGCAAGCGGCAUCAUGAAGACCAAGGAGUUCUCCAAACAGGUCAGGGACAGAGUUGUGGAGAAGUACAGAUCACGGUUGGGUUAUAAAAAAAAUAACUGAAACUUUGAACAUCCCACGGAGCACCAUUAAAUCCAUUAUUAAAAAAUGGAAAGAAUAUGGUACCACAACAAACCUGCCAAAAGAGGCCCGCCCAUCAAAACUCACGGACCAGGCAAGGAGGGCAUCAAUCAGAAAGGCAACAAAGACACCAAAGAUAACCCUGAAGGAGCUGCAAAGCUCCACAGCGGCGAUUGGAGUAUCUGUCCAUAGGACCACUUUAAGCCUUAUACUCCACAGAGCUGGGCUUUACGGAAGAGUGGCAAGUAAAAAGCCAUUGCUUAAAAAAAUAGAUACGCAAACACGUUCGGUGUUCGCCAAAUGGCAUGUGGGAGACUCCCCAAACAUAUGGAAGAAGGUACUCUGGUCAGAUGAGACUAAAAUUAAGCUUUUUGGCUUCAAGGAAAACGCUAUGUCUGGCGCAAACCCAACACCUCUCAUCACCCCUAGAACACCAUCCCCACAGUGAAGUGUGGGUAGGUUUUUCAUCGGCAGGGACUGGGAAACUGGUCAGGAUUUAAGGAAUGAUGGAUGGCAGUAAAUACAGGGAAAUUCUUGAGGGAAAUCUGUUUCAGUCUUCCAGAGAUUGGGACAGAGGUUCACCUUCCAGCAGGACAAUGACCCUAAGCAUACUGCUAAAGCAACACUCGAGUGGUUUAAGGGGAAACAUUUAAAUGUAUUGGAAUGGCCUAGUCAAAGCCUAGACCUUAAUCCAAUUGAGAAUCGGUGGUAUGACUUAAAGAUUUCUGUACACCAACAGAAUCCAUCCAACUUGAAGGAGCUGGAGCAGUUUUGCCUUGAAGAAUGGGCAAACAUCCAAGUAGCUAGAUGUGCCAAGCUUAUAGAAACAUACCCCAAGAGACUUGCAGCUGUAAUUGCAGCAAAAUGUGGUUCUACAAAGUAUUGACUUUGGGGAGGUGAAUAGUAAUGCACGCUCAAGUUUUCUAUUUUUUUGUCUUAUUUCUUGUUUGUUUCACAAGAAAACAUAUUUUGCAUCUUCAAAGUGGUAGGCAUGUUGUUUAAAUCAAAUUAUACAACCCCCCCCCCCCAAAUCCAUUUUAAUUCCAGGUUGUACGGCAACAAAAUAGGAACAAUGCCAAGGGGGUGAAUACUUUCGCAAGCCACUUUAUAGAGAUAAUAGGGAGCUAUUUGGGAUGAAGUAGAGGUGCAACUGUUGUCUCAAGAGUCUACCACCAGUAGUCUGCCACCAGUAGUCUGCCACCAGUAGUCUGACACCAGUAGUCUACAGUAGUCUGCCACCAGUAGUCUGCCACCAGUAGUCUGCCACCAGUAGUCUGCCACCAGUAGUCUGCUACCAGUAGUCUGCCACCAGUAGUCUGCCACCAGUAGUCUGCUACCAGUAGUCUACCACCAGUAGUCUACCACCAGUAGUCUGCCACCAGUAGUCUGCCACCAGUAGUCUACUACCAGUAGUCUGCCACCAGUAGUCUGCUACCAGUAGUCUGCUACCUGUAGUCUGCCACCAGUAGUCUGGUGAGAAAGCUGCUGGAACAGACUGUCUUGCAAAUGAUCUGAAGAAUUAUAAAUCCCUUUUAUCAGGCAUGUUGAUUAAAGCCUUUGUUUGUGAAGAACAAAGAAUAACAGGAGACAUUUAAUCCAUUCUUAGCUAUUGUACUUCUGCAUUUAUUUUACACCCCCUCCCCCUCCAUUUUACAACAUUUUACAACAUUUUAACGCCUAUCAAAUUUUAACAAAAUAAUCUGACUAACCAGAAGAAUAAAACCCUGUAUGGUUCUUCAAAAGGAUCUACAAAGAACCUUAAAGAUUGAGGAAUGCUCUUUAAAAAAACAUUCUCCAUAAAAGUUCCAUAAAGAACCUUCAAAAGUGUUCUAUAUAGCACCCACAAAGGGUGGUAACCAUAGCGCAGCCCUUAUAGAACCUUUUAUUAAUGUUUCUUUAUAGAACCUUUAUAGAACCUUUUGGAAUAAGUUAUUUAUAGCAUCUUAAAGGUUCCAUUUAGAACCGUUUUCUAGAGCAUGGUUCUUUAAAGAACCUUCAAAAAAGGGUUCUAUAUAGCACAAAAUAAGUGAUGCUAUGGUUACAAGCCAAAGAACCCUUAUUUGGCGAGAUAUAGAACCAUUUGUUUAGUGUGUAUAAAAUAGAUUUAUUUCCAUAUGCUGAAUUCGUUCAAUGUUAAUAAAUUGUGUAAUAAUCA